UAUUUGAUGGACAUGCCGGCAAUAUAGCAGCCGACGAUGCGGCAGAGAACAUCAUGAGAACACUGAUGGAAACUCCGCAAUUUGAAAAAGUCACAGAGGAGCUAAAAGCUAACGGAGGUGUCCUUUGUGAAAAAUCCAUUGCUUUACUGGAAGAUGGAAUAAAGGCAGGCUUCCUUAGUUUGGAUGAAAAUAUUCGAACCAGACUUGACUCUGACCGCAGUGGUUCAACAGCUGUUUGCGCUAUGAUUACUCCAACGCACAUUGUUAUCGCCAAUUUAGGUGGGACACUUUUAUGCUCUGCAUUGUCGAAAAUUGAUAAGUUCUUCAGGUGACU